GGGCGAGGCGACCACAACUCGGCGGCGUAGAUCUCAUCACUCACCCUCGCGAGACCGGGCACGGACUGCGGAAGGGAAGAAGCAGCAGCGCAAAAACCCUACUGCCUCUGGCCCGCCCUUGGAGGGGCCAUCUCUCCUCAGAUCUCCGAUCCGAUCCGGAUCUGGUGUUGCAGAUGGCGGGCACGGGGCGGUCGAUGCUGCUGUCGCUGCUCCUGUUCGCGGUGACGCUGUCGCUGCUGGAGAUGUACCGGGGCAGCUUCGCCUCGUCGGAGCUCAUGACCAUCGCCGGCGGAUUCAUCAGCUCCCUCCUCUUCCUCCUCCUCCUCACCUUUAUUGGGAACUACCAAGAAGCUAGUGGCAUUAAAACUGGCUGGGGUGCAGUUGUUGUGGCAGAACUUGUUGCUCUCAUUGUAGCUGGCACUGUUCACCGUGUUUGUAUCACAACAUGCUUCCUAUUCUCUGUUGGAUUACUUUAUGAGGUUGACAAGCUCUCCGGGAUGAUUCUUGCAAGGAGCGAGUCUAAAGCGAGGCGGUACUGAGCACAUAUAUUUAUGUAUGAUUGACUUAUUUUGUAGAUCAAAUGAAAAACUAAUAUCCACACCCUCCAUCAGACUUCCCAACCCAUUUAGCUGUUUUUCCGCAAAGGCAUAUAGAACUCGGACUCUGGGUACCACCCGUGUUUGCUGAGAUGGCACAUUUUGAUUUUCCAUCUAAUCACAAUGUUGUUGACUAGGUAAAUUCCCUUUUGCCAAUUCCCCAUUGACCCAUGGAUUAUUUUC